UUGAACGUGCUGAGUACCUUGGAAAUAAAUUUUUAAACUUCGAUGCAGUAAAUCGAUACCGGAUAGAACUCUUACUUGACAUUCCUAGCGUGAAUCGGCCAUCGAUUUCCCGAAUGCGAGUGAAAAAACGCAGAUGGACUCGUUGGUGCCCGCCAAACGUUUUCGAUGCGACCAAAAAAAAUGGCAAACAUCGGAGGAAAUGAAUUCCCAGGACGAGGACUCGGGUAAACCGAACCUCCUGUCCCUUCCCACUGAAGUCUUGAUAGAAAUCCUGUCAUACCUCGACUGCAGAGAUUUUUACAGCCUUCGGAGUGUCUCGGAGAGGUUUCACACGCUUGAGCCUGCAGUAUGGAGAGUCUACGAGGUGAUGGAGCACGGUCCAACGACCUCCGAGGUGAUUCACCAGCUCAAGAGAAUGCCUCUCCUCAUAAAGAUAACAAUCGAGUGCCGAUCAGACUGCGACGAUAUACUCCGUCAAUUGGCCCUGACGAACAAAAAACUUGAAAAAUUAUUGAUAAAAAAUUGCACCGGCACCACUGGCCAAUUGUACCUUAGCUCCUGCCAUUUGACCCGGAUUUUAGAACGUUGUCGACGUUUACACACGAUAAGCAUCGAGGGUAGUCGACACAGGGGUAGAAAAUUUUACCAACUACUUGGAAAUAUGGGAUUGAAACUCAGGUCAUUCUAUUCACCAGCAACUCCAUCACAAUUUCGUUUAUUUUCUAAACACGCUCACCACCUGGAAGUAAAUGACCGGCUUGCUAUGGAUAAUAUGUGUGUGGGCUGUAGAACCUGGUCACCCUUGCGCUACUUCGUCGCCGUCCACGGGGAUUGCGGGGCUGUUGUCAAGCGACGAUACACAGCACUCGUUACUUAUCUCUGUGCCACUGAAUUUUUGCCGAUUAAUGUUAAUAAAAAUGGGAAUUAGAGGCCUAGAGGUAUUGACCGUGACUGGGAAGACCUUCGUUGGUGGUUAUUUGCAGAAUGUACCUGGAAAUUAUUCAUGUGAGAAAUUCAAGAGCAUUUUUGAAGGUUCUAAAUCACUCUAGAUUCACCAAAAUUCAAUUCCCAAAGAAGAGAACAAAAAAAAAAAUUUCUUUGAAAUUCAGUCUCAAGUGAAAUUGAUUGAUCUCCUUUCAUGUCUGAACUUUCAUUUCUUUUAUUAUUAAAUCUCGAGUCGAAUAAAAAAAAUUAGGUCACCCGGUACCUAGUGCCCCAUGGCCAGUGCAUAUCUCGCAAAAUACUCCCACCCCUUCCUCACCCUGAGGAUGAAUUAAUUCGUGCAUCACGCAACACACCCAGCAAAUUCUCGUAAAGCAACACGCUGCCCUGGUUAAAGACGUUAUAAUACAUUCAGUCUAAUGUCACGCAAAGAGAAGUUACCUGGGUACUCUAGGAAACAGCUGAGGCGUUUGGCAAAUUAACAUCCGCCCUUACCCCUUUCCACCUGCCCGCAAACUCCUUCAAUUCCGCCAGUGUUAUCCCGUCAUUAACAUGCAUGGCAUAUCCCAAACACUCAAAAACUAAUUUAUCAAUUUUUUUAACGGUUAUAAUUGGAGUUUUAAAGGGCAUUAAAAAAUUAUUGCCCCAUGUUCGUGUGCCAGGGGGGUGUUAAAGAAUUUUUAAAGUGACUGACUAAAGCCCUGGGGCUGAAAAAAAAUCUGGGAGGGAAUUUAUCGAGUCAAUAGUUUCACCGGCAUUUGUAUCAUGACUAUUCGACAACUGUAGCUGCAUUGUCUACAUGCAAUUGAAGAGAGGAGAGGUAAAUGUUCACCUAA